AUUUAUAUAUAGAAUAGACAUGAGUCCCAUUCCUUUAAAUUUGUGUCAACCUUUAUAAAAAUAAAGACAGAGAAAGUAAGAAAGAAGAAAAAAAAAAGUAAGCAGAUAACAAUGGCGAUGGCUUUCAAAAUGGCUACUACUGGGAUGUGGGUAACUGAAGAGUGCAAGAGCUCUUUCAUGGAGAUGAAGUGGAAAAAGGUGCAUAGAUACAUAGUUUUCAAGAUCGAUGAAAGGUCGAGGCUUGUGACCGUCGAUAAGGUUGGUGGUCCUGGAGAAAACUAUGAUGAUCUUGCUGCUUCUUUGCCUAACGAUGAUUGUAGAUAUGCUGUUUUUGAUUUCGAUUUUGUCACGGUUGAUAACUGCCGCAAAAGCAAGAUCUUCUUCAUUGCAUGGUCACCAACUGCAUCAAGGAUAAGAGCAAAGAUGCUAUACGCAACAUCAAAGGAUGGGUUGAGAAGAGCUUUAGAUGGAAUCUCAUAUGAAGUUCAAGCAACUGAUCCAACUGAGAUGGGAUUUGAUGUAAUUCAAGACAGAGCCAAAUAGAUUCCCCAUUUAAUCAUGUGCCAAACUAAUCAUCUUACUUUUGUUAUAAUUAUAAUAAUGAUGAUAAUUAUAAAUCAAGUAACUCCAAUCCAAUGACUCUAUGACAUUGUUCUCUUUUUAUGGUAUAGUUUUUUCUUUUAAUUAAAUGUGGAAUUUUGGCACCAUUUUGUGAUGUAAGUGGGGUAUCUAAUCUUGAAUGUUUGUUUAGUCAUAAUAAUAAUUUAUUGUAUAUGGCUGUCGGGUGUAUGAUAAGUUAAGGGCAACAAACCUUUGGUUGUAUUACUUUUUUAUGAGAGAAAUGGAUUAGCUCAACUUUUUCUUAUGUGGAAAGUUGAUGCGUUACCUUA